AUGAACUCUUCGCAAAGCUCAUUUACAGAUCUUAAUGAUUGGGCUUUAAUUUACUAGAAUCUCUAAAAAAUCCAACCAGAACAAUUAUCUUCAAAGCUCAAUUUACUUUUCAAAAAUCUACCCGACUUUAAUGACUUUAUUAAACUUUAUGAGUGUUGUAAAAUAGACACAGGAGAUCUUUGGAAUCAAAAUGAGGAACUGUUAUUACAGUUAAUAGUUUUGAGUCUCAAUCCAAAAUGUAUGAAGAAUCGAUUCAAUUGGGAGAGAGUGCAAAGGAUGAUGCCUAAAUUUUGGAGUCUGCCAGAAUUGUACUUUAAAUUCUAAUCUUUCUAUAAACCACUUUUCCCAAGAUAACCAUGGUCAACCUUCGAAGAAAGAACGCUUUUACAGAUUAUUUUGUAUAUAAAUCUCAUUCACAUUAGAAACAAUUCUAGUCGCUGCAAAAUGAAAUGGAGUACUAUCGCAUAUUAAUACAAUCGCACUUGCAAGUCUGAGAUAUAAAGAAAUGCGAAACAAUGUCGAGAACGAUGGAAUAAUAAGUUGGAUCCACAAAUUAAUAGAGAUCCAUGGUCGAAGUCUGAAGAGUUAAACUUUCUACAAUUGCUCCUUCAGAAUGGACGUAAAUGGACUGAAAUAUCAAUGAAAUUGUCUAUGAUUACUAAUUAAAGAAGAAGAACCGAAUUUGCUUUGAAACAUAAAUUCAAACAACUUAAGAAAUACUAUGGUUUGAGAGCCAAAAGGUUGUGUGAUUUAAAAGUAAGUCCACAUUGGAAUAUUUAGGAGGCUGACAUGAUUUCAUACAAAAUAGAGCUGCUUGAGGAGAUCACUAAAAAGGGUCAGACUCAAAAAUAUUCUUUUUGUGAAUUUUGGAGUUUUGAUCAUGAGUAGUGCUUAGUCUUCAUAAAAAAUGGUAGUCUGAUGUAAUUGUGA